AUGAUGCACAUUUUGACACUACUCUCGUGUGUACUUGCCGGCCGCCUGGCCGCUUGUCAUCCCGGCGAGGAGCACGCAGCCGAGUUACGGGCUCGCGGUGAAUUCCUGCAGGGCCACGUUGGCAACUUGGAUCACUGUGCCCAAGAACUAGAGUCUUCUGGUGUUGACAGGCGAGAUAUACAGCGCAGGUUGUUUAUGACCAAUAGGCUGCGGCGAAAGCGUCGAUUGGAAGAUGAACAGGACUCCGAAUCAUGGCACGCUUUGCAUGCGUCUCGAGAGUCGCUCUUCCGGUCCACUGCGUCAUGCGUCCUAGCUCCCGAAGAAAUGGUUGGACCCUAUUAUGUCGCUGGUGAGAGUGUCCGGUCGGAUAUCACCGAAAGCCAACCGGGCAUUCCGGUGGAGGUUGACGUCCAAUUCAUCGAUGCAACCACCUGUAGGCCGGUAGUGGGAAAAUAUGUCGACCUUUGGCAGGCCAAUGCUACCGGAGUAUAUGGCGGUGUCGUCAACCCAGAGAACGGCAAUGGGCUGGCCGACCAAAAGAACCUGAAGAAUACCUUCCUCCGUGGAGUUCAGAAGACUGACGACGACGGAGUCGUCAAGUUCUCUACCGUAUUCCCUGGGCAUUACAAGGGCCGCACUAUCCACAUUCACGUCAUGCUGCACCCGAAUGCGAAGCCGUACCCCGACGGCACCAUCAUCGAUCACACGGCUGCCUACGUAGGUCAGAUGUACUUUGAUCAGAAACUCAUCAACUCGAUCGAGCGCCUCGCGCCAUAUUCGCAGAAUCGCAACCCUCUCACGCUGAACAGUCAGGAUCUCCUUUUACAGCAGGACCUUUCGCUCGGCGGGCACCCGAUUGUACAGUACAAAAUGAUAGGCAAUCGCCUCGAAGAUGGUAUUGUCGCAUGGCUACGUUACGGCAUCAACCCUGCAAAACGCAGUCGUGUAUCCCCAGUCGCAACACGAGAGGGCUUCCUAUCAAGGGAGACCCUUGAAGUCCAGAAGAGUGAGAUGUAG